UUACUUUUACAAUGGAUGUAAAUGCAGUGGAAGAUGAAGAUGUAUCCUUCCAUUUGGGAGAAAUGUUUGACAGUUACGAGGAGCUAGAGCAUAAGCUUGAGAAAUUUUCAAAACGUAGUCUAGUCCAUUAUUGGAGACGAGAUAGUAGAACAGUCAGUGGAGCUCACAUGAAAACUGCUCGUCCAAUUAGCGAGCGUUUAAAGUAUUAUUCUGUAAAAUAUGCUUGUAUUUAUGGUGGUCAAAAGUUUUUACCACGUGGAGCAGGCAGGAGGCAGUCUCAAUCGAUAAGGACGAAUUGUCCAGCUCAUAUUAUGCUAAGAGCAUCUAAAGAUGGUACAAAACUUGAAGUGACUAGUGUCAAUAAUGAACAUAAUCAUGAAAUUUCAGAGGAGUUAUUCAAGAAUCUUCCACAAGAAAGAAAAUUAUGUGGUGAGAUUAAGCAAGAAGUACAAGACUUGAUGCAACUACAUAUAGAUCGUAAGAGAUUGAAAGAAUAUGUAAGAUUACGAACAAACAAGAUACUUAGGUCCAAAGAUUUAUUCAACAUAGCAGCAGCUAAUAAACAAAAAAGGAACAUUACACCAGAAAGAGCUUACCAAUUAUUUAAAAAGAUUCAUGACAUUGAGAAAAUGCAGGGCAGAGAUAAUGACAGAAAAACUUAUUCAGAAUCCGAAGAUGAAAUUGCACAGACCAUAAAGAGGAUGAAGAAGGAACAAGAAUCACCUUGGGGUCAAGAUAGAUUGCCUACCGAAUUAGAAAUAAGUGAGGGGAACGAUGGCGAAGAUUCUUACAGUGGUCAAUUAACGCAAGAAGAAGUAGUAGAUGAAAUAGACACAACAGAAGGCGAACUUUUGAGAACGAAUAACGACGGAAAUAUUAUAGCUGCGAAUGGUGAAAUUGUUGGAGAACUGGUAAUGCAAGAUGGAGAUCCCUCUGUAAUAGUAGAAUCCAUUGUGAACGCUGAUGGUUCUGUUUUCGUGGACGAAAGAGAAUUUGAUACUUAUUGUAACAACCAUUUAUCGCAUACGGUUGAUCAUAGUCAAUCACCCAAUACUAGGGUUUUAGAUAUUGAAACUGUCGCACCUAGUAUUGACGUUGAAAAAAUGAAAACAACAUCUAUUUCUCCGAAGCAACCAAAUAGAUCCCUUAGUCCACAACCGCAACAGUCGCCGAAGUCACCUAAUGCCUUUCAUGAAACUGCAGAUUCUAGAAUUUGGAUCAUGAAAGAAGCUACAAAUGCUGAAAUAGAGCAGGACAGUGGACCUGAGAGUGAAAGAAACUGUUCCAAGUCUGCGAUCAUCGGAAAAGGGGACAUCGAUGCACCGGAAGCGGUAUUGUCUGAUGAAGCGAGUCGUCAGCUACUUCACGAACAAUUGGCGGUGCUUCGAGCGGAAAAGGGGAAGCUUUAUCAUGAGACUGAAAUGCUAAAAUUAAAAAAGGACAAGUUAAAGUUGCAGAUAAAUUGUUACUCAAAUGAGAUACGGAAGCAAGAAAUGGAGAAAGAGAAGCUGCGGCUCGAGAUCAAAUUACUCCAGUCAAAGGUAAUGGAGGACUCCAAUGAUGUUUCACAUUAUAUUUUUGUGCCUUGAGAGACCCAAAAAGAUUGACUGUAAGAUAUCUCGCGGAUGAACCUUCGACGCUUCUGUUCUUUUAAACUGUUAAAUCGUACG